AUGUUCUCUUCCUUCAAGUCCCUCCUCGUCCUUGGCUGUGUCGCCGCCUCCGCUGUUGCGCAGCAAAUCGCCAUCGCCAUCCCAGCCACCAAUGACACCGUGAGCGCGGGGAGUAAUAUCACUGUCCAGGUGAUCAAACCUGACUCUCUCACUGGCUCGACUGAGGUUGGCAUUGCAAUCUCCCUCAAGUCAUGCGCGUCAUAUCCUGGUGGCUGCGCCGUCGUCGAUAUUUCUCAAGCACUCGGUGACAUUCUUUACACCGGCUUGUACGAUCCUGAAUAUCGUUCGGGCGAAUGGUACCCCUUCCAAAAUUUCACCGUUCAGGUCCCGAGUGGUUUCCCCUCGGGCCAGGCGGCGUUGGGCGUAACUCAGCUUGCACUCGUUGGUGCGGGCCCUUACCCCUAUACGCAAGUCACCAACCAAACCAUCAACGUUGCUUGA